AUGCUCGAAUACACGCCCGUUAAAGAUAUCCCUUCCAUCGUGCAAAGUCUUCAUGAGCAGUUUGAAUCUGGUCUCACGAAGGACCUCGCGUAUCGUAAACAGCAACUGCAAAACAUGUGUCGUUUCAUUGAGGAGAACAUUGAGGAGCUGCAAAAAGUCAUUUACGAUGACCUGCACAAGCACAAGCUCGAGGCUGCUAUUGGUGAAAUUUUGGCCGUGAGCGAUGAAUGCAAGUAUAUGGUCAAGAACCUAAAUCGACUUUCCAAGCCAAAGGCAACUCGCAAACGAUACAAGAUCAAUGCUGCUGACAAAACAUUUGUGCGCAAAGAGCCCAAAGGCGUUACACUAGUUAUUGGUGCAUGGAAUUAUCCAGUACGUUUACUAUUAAUGCCUGUUGUGGGGGCCAUUGCUGCUGGAAAUUGUGUCAUCCUCAAGCCUUCGGAGAUCGCUGAGAAUACUGCGGCUUACAUCGCACGACGCCUGCCCGAUUACCUCGAUAGGCGAGCCUAUGUCGUGGUAAAUGGUGCCGUUCCUGAAACUACUGCUUUGUUGGAGCAAAAGUUGGACCAUAUUUUCUAUACAGGCAACGGCAACGUGGGUCGUAUUGUCAUGGCAGCAGCUUCCAAGAACCUUACCCCCGUAACCUUGGAACUUGGUGGAAAGUCACCUGUGGUGAUUACGCCUUCAGCCGAUCUCGAAACCAGUGUACGUCGUAUCCUGUGGGGCAAGUUUUUCAAUUGUGGUCAAACAUGUAUCGCACCUGAUUACGUGCUCUUGCCUGAAAACAAGGUGGAUGACUUUAUCAAAAUCGCACGCAAGGUGCUUGACGAGUUCUUUGGUGACAAGGCGUGUGACUCUGAUUCCUAUGGACGCAUCAUCAACACACGUCAAUUUGACCGGCUCAAGCAUCUCCUUGAUAAUAUUACUGAAGGAUCCAAGGUGGUUAUCGGAGGUCAAGUGGAUCGUGAACAGCUCUAUAUUGCACCAACCCUUGUGUGCCCUGUGGCCCCAAAUGACGCGGUUCUUAUGCAGGAGGAACUUUUUGGUCCUAUCUUACCUAUUGUCCCUGUCAAGGAUGUGGACGAAGCGAUUGCUGUCAUCAACUCAAAGGACAAACCACUGUCACUUUACAUCUUUUCAAGCAAGCGUGCUGAAACCAAUCAAAUUAUGAACAAGACUAACUCGGGUGGUAUCCUUGUCAACGAUACAUUGAUGCAUCUGCAAGAAACUUCGCUUCCAUUUGGUGGUGUGGGCCCUAGUGGUAUGGGUGCGUAUCAUGGCGACAAGUCUUUUGAGACCUUUACUCAUGAGCGUGCCACUAUGGUACGAUCGACUGCCAUGGAAGGCAUGAUGAAGGUGCGAUAUCCUCCCUAUGAUGAUGACAAGAUGCAGGUCAUGACCGUAAUGGUGGGUGGUAUGCCAGCUGCAGCGAGUGCCAAAAUCAAGACCGUUGCCAACGUAUGUAGCUCUGUAUGGCACAUUUUCUUUUCAAGAAACAAGACCAGCAAGUUGUAG